AUGCAGAAUUCAGGCAGUCUCCACUCUGAAGAAAUACCUUGCAAGGUCAAAGAAUGUGUGCUAAAGGAAAAAUUGGGAAGACCUCUAGACAGUUAUAGUACAGAAACUGAACAAGGAGUAGCACAAGCAAUUAUUCGCUCUGUCAUUGAUUUUAAGAGAGAUCCAUGGCCUAAAGUUUCAGACAAUGCAAAGGAUCUUGUAAAGAAAAUGCUUGAUCCUGACCCAAAGAGCCGGCUUACAGCUCAGGAAGUGCUUGAGCAUCCGUGGAUACAAAAUGCAAAGAAGGCUCCAAAUGUCACACUGGGCGAAACUGUGAAAGCAAGGCUUAAACAAUUUUCAGUGAUGAACAAGCUCAAGAAAAGAGCUUUAAAGGUGGUGGCUGAGCAUCUGUCGGUGGAGGAAGUGGCAGGAAUAAAGGAAGCAUUCGAUAUGAUGGACACCAGCAAGAGGGGCAAGAUAAAUCUUGAGGAGCUCAGAAAUGGUUUGCAAAAGCUUGGUCACCAGAUCCCUGAUGCAGACCUUCAAAUCCUGAUGGAAGCUGCUGAUGUUGAUAGAGAUGGAACUCUGAAUUGUGGGGAGUUUGUUGCUGUUUCUGUUCAUCUUAGAAGGAUGGCCAAUGAUGAGCACCUACAUAAAGCUUUUGCAUUCUUUGAUCAAAACCACACUGGUUAUAUAGAGAUUGAAGAGCUGCACGAUGCCUUGAAUGAUGAAGAUGAGAUUAACAGUGAGGAAGUUAUCCAAGCCAUUAUGCAUGAUGUUGACACAGAUAAGGAUGGGCGCAUAAGUUAUGAGGAAUUUGCUGCAAUGAUGAAGGCAGGUACAGAUUGGAGGAAAGCAUCGAGGCAAUACUCACGAGAACGAUUUAACAGUCUCAGCUUAAAUUUGAUGAGGGAUGGCUCGCUACAUUUAACCAAUGGAGGUAGAUGA